ACAAUUUCGUUUCGGGUCAAUAUUUUCACAUCUCUACUAUUUCUACGUUCGCUAACUGAGCGGAGAGCAGUUCAACUCAUCGCGUGGCUGCAGUGACGGAAUGUAAUAUGGCUUGAUCGUAUCUUUGUUUGUUAAAAGGUUUUUAUGAGGACAAUUUGUUAUAUUGGAGUAACUAAUUGGCAAUAUCGACAGUAUUUCAAAUGUUCACCACGUUUUAUCAUUGUGAUCAACUACCAAAUGUAAAACAAUUCAACAAUAGUGAUAGACCAACACGUUAACGCAGAAGGACAUGAAGACUUGAUCCCUCUGAAAAGCGCAAUAAUUAUUCAACAUACUAAUGGACCCUACUCUUUUUAUCAGUGGAAUUAACCAGUUGACAUGUCGAGAUACGGAAAGGUGCAGCUUAUGAUCUUAGCGUUUGCUACUUCAUGUAUUAUCAUCUACCAUAACUGCUCCACGUCGUAUCGAUUAGAACAAGUCAUCAAAGGAAAAUUACUACAAAGAGCUAGUUUUUCAAAUGUGACAAAGAAAAAAAUAAACGCUGUGGAAUAUAAUGUCACGGCACAAAUACCACCCGAACAGAAACCCAUUCCGGCUCCAUUGCUCGGAUGGCGGAAAAAUGUACACUGGGAGCCAGGAGCUGAGCUGGAUAUAUAUGAUUUUUUAAUCAAUCCUGUUGAUAAGUGCAACACUGGAAAAGAUAAUUUCACAUUACUUGUCUUAAUUAAAUCAGCACCAGGUAAUACUGAACGCAGGGAUGCUGCCAGGCGGACAUUAAUCGAUGGGGCCCUGAAAUUUAAUGUGUCCACUAGGUUGCUUUUUAUCAUGGGAGAUUCCGAAGCACAAGACAAGAGGGAAAAGAUUCAGGAAGAAGCCCGAAGACAUAGAGAUAUCCUAAAGGUGGGCUUCCACGACGGUUAUUACAAUCUCACCAUCAAACUCGUCAUGGGGUUUAAAUGGGCCUUGCAGUUUUGCAACAACAGUGAAUUCUUAAUGUCAAUGGAUGACGAUGUCAUGGUUGAUAUCGUGACCCUGGUCAACGACCUCGACGCUUUACCACCACAGGAUCACUUUCAAUUCGUGCUGGGAGAUAUAAGAGCGUGGACUAAACCGUUUCGUAACGUAUGGAGUAAAUGGUACAUGCCAGAGGACAUCUACCCUGAUGAGACGUACCCUCCAUAUCCAUUAGGGCCUGGGUAUGUUAUGUCACAUCACGUAGUCAAAAAACUCUAUCUGAUAUCCAGAGAAACCCCAGCAACGAUACCGUUUGACGAUGUUUAUUGCGGUAUGCUCUUGCAUAAGUUAAACAUCAGCAUCGUUCACCGACCUAGAUGGUUUAAAGACCGCCAUCCGCAAAAGAAAAAGCAGGAUUAUUUAAAGAUUGAGUUAUCACCGCAGAAAAUGGAGAAAGCUUGGACAAGUUUUGAAGAAGACUUUGAAAAAUAGAAUUCUCAGCCCCGUCUCAUAAAGAGUUUAUUUAGUUAUUUAUUUAUUUCUGGUAUUGAGACAGGGUG